UUAUAUUAAAGAUUGAAAUGUGAAAUGAAAAAUGUUCCGUAAUCUCUUGCUCUGUUUACAUUUUGGACUUGUAUUACAAACCGUUAUUUCUUUAAAGGACACCGGUGAGGUUCCACGCUUCGAAAACAACAUGCCCAACCUGACAGUAUCACUGGGAAGAGAAGCUAUAUUUACCUGCGUCGUAAAUGACCUGGGCUUAUACAGGGUGGCGUGGUUGCGCGUGGAUACACAGACCAUAUUAUCUAUAGCUGGCCAUGUUAUCACCAAGAAUCAUCGUAUCGCAGUAACUCAUAGCGACAGGCGCGUAUGGUUCCUGCAUAUUUUAGAGGUUCGGCAAGCCGACCGAGGCUGGUAUAUGUGCCAGCUCAACACUGACCCUAUGAAGAGUCAAGUCGCUCAUCUAGAUGUAGUAGUGCCACCGGACAUAUUGGACUAUGCAACGAGUGGGGAUCAAGUUGUGCUAGAAGGUUCUAACAUAACUCUACGUUGUGCCGCCCACGGUGUUCCCACGCCCACUGUUAUUUGGAGAAAGGAAACCGGUGAUUUGCUUGACACAAAGAACUUCAGUGAUGUCCAAAAUCAAUCGAUAAGCGGAUCAAAGUUAGAAAUAGUGAAGAUAUCACGUGUACACAUGGGCGCGUACCUCUGUAUAGCCAGCAAUGGAGUGCCGCCUUCAGUUAGCAAGAGAAUCACGUUAAUUGUACAUUUUCCACCAAUAAUGACAAUACAAAAUCAACUAGUUGGAAGUAUGGAUGGAGAAUCGAUUGUACUAGAAUGUCAUUCGGAAGCAUUUCCUAAUUCUAUUAAUUAUUGGACAUUUAACGGUCGUAUUAUUUCACAAAAUGACAAGAAAUAUGAGAUUAAAGCUAUUGAUCGAGGCUAUGAAGUAGAUAUGAAAUUAAAAAUUAAAAAAGUAAACAGAGAUUCCUAUGGUACAUAUACAUGUGUAUCGAAAAAUUCACUCGGAGACACCGACGGCAGUAUAAAGUUAUAUCCAAUAUCAAGUAAAUAUGAAGACCUGCAAUAUAACGAUGUCAAUGUAUUCGAUAAAAGCCUAGACGUGAGUGAACUUGAGGCACAGAAACGAAGUCGGGCUUCCAAACUAGUGUUAAAUGACUAUUUAAAUAUUAAGUCAACGCUUUUUACUCUAAUCGAGGGCUAUUGUGGGGGGGGGAGGGCGGCGAUAUACUGCCGCCUUCUCCGCCCCACUCUUCUACGUCUGAGCGGGGGCGCCAGGGGAUCUCCCUCGCGCUCCUGCUCUUUUGCCUCCCUCUGCGAGAUAACUGACUCGCAGAAGGAGGCAACCGCUGUCCAUGACCUCUCGGUUCCCAGCAUAGCGCGUAUGACGCCAGGAAGCGAGAGGUCGCUCCCGAUCGUCGCCACCAGGGUGCGGCGCUCCUCUUCAUGCGCGCAGCAAACCUCGAGGGUGUGCUGCGCAGUAUUAUCCCCGUCGCCGCACCCGUGGCACGACGUCGUUUCCUCCCUUCCGAUUCGACACAGGUACCGCCCGAAGCAUCCGUGCCCAGACAGCACCUGUGUGAGCCGGAAGGUCAGGGAGCCAUGGCUCCUCCCGAGCCACUCCGGGAGCUGUGGGCGUAUGGCCUCUAUAGUGCGCCCGCCGUAUUCGGCAUCGGGUGAAGGCUCGGCGGGCGGUAUUGCUGGAGGCACGCAGGACUGCGAGGUCCCGCGUCCACCAGUACACGCCCUGCCGAGGUGCAGGGCAGCUUGCCCUGGGCAUCGCCGCGUCGCAAACCGCUGUCAAGUCCCGACGGAACCUGGCAGCCCUUUCGUCGACCCCCACUGUUUGGGGGGGGUCCGCAGCCCACGCACGGACUACGGCCGCUUCUUCUGCCAGGUCCGCGUCGAGACGCGACAGCUGCCACCUCGGAAAGGCGCUUCGACCGCCCGUCGUCGAGGCCCGCAGCCCAGGGGGCGCGGUGGAGACCCUGAACCUUAUGUAAAGGUGGUCAGACAGAGUCUCCACGUCCUGCAGGACCCGCCAACACGCGAUGCGUGCGCCUAUGCCGGGGGUGGCGAAAGUGACAUCUACCACUGA